AUGGCUGACACACCUAAUUCUAGUGAUGAAGACCUCAAGAAACAUUUGAUGAAGGUUUAUGAGGAUGUGACCAGAGACUGUGAAGAUAAGGAAUUGAGAAAAAUAUUUGAUUGGAUUGUGGACUACGGUGCCCUUAAUGCAAAUGCGAUUCAUAUGUUCAGUUCUCUGGUAGAUUGCGGCUUCUGUGAUGAAGCGAGAGAGCUCUUUAAGCCUCAUUCUGAGCAGACCACACUGCCGGAAGUGGCUGUCUUCACCAUGGUAAUUAUGGCAAGACCAAGGAUGCUCACAAGGUAUGCCAAGAAGUAUUUCCUUGAAAUGUUGGAUAGGGGGUUGAAGCCCCAAUAUCAACCCUACAUGUAUGUUAUAGAUGUCAUUGCCUACCGAGAGCCAGUGGAGGAGGCCAAGAAGUUCCUUGAGCAGAUAAAAGCUAAGGGGUUCAUUCCUGUCAUCGAUGAUUUUCAAUACAAACAAAAACCACCUCACAGAAGCAUUGCAGACAUUGAAAACAUGCUGAUCUCGUCGUCAACAACAACACUGACAAGGCUGUUCAAAAAUUGUUCCGCGAGUCAUGCCUCUCCCCUUGGAUAG